CAUUUAAAUGUUGCAGCUGCCCUCACUCUCCACCCCGCAAAGUAAGAAAGGUUAAUUACUAAAUAUUGAUUGUUUUUCCUACCAUUGCCGAUCUCCCAUAGUCCCUUGCUCCCUUCCUGUCUACUUACCUUCACCCCUCUACUUUUGGAACAACUUGGCUGGGAGUGGGGAUGGAAAGAACCGCUGCCUGGGUGUUAAGCUACUUAGGUCUGCCAGAAUCAAUUGUCCAAGCCAAGUGCCUAGGGGUGAGGAGAGAGGAAAAGCAAACCAAAAGCUCUCCCCUGAAAACUGCUCCAUUAGAAGACACUCUCCCCCCGCAGGACUUGUCUCAAAGCAACCCAAGGGCGGGACUCCACCACCAGCUUGCUCUUCUGACUUCCACAGAGCCGUCUUUGCGCGCUCUCUCUUUCUCUCCGCAUUCUGCUUCUAGACCUGCCCCACCUUCUCUUCCUUUUCUCGCUACUUCUCUUCUUCCCCUUUUUGAAAACACUUAUUCCGUUUUCAACACCAAGAAUACUCCACCCUUCCGAGGAGCUUCUGGGAGCGUGGAGCUAUCUAGAGAGAUAGCACGGAAUCCAGCCUCUCCCGGGUGGGCGAGCUGAAGUGGAGUGGGUGAAUGGGGCAGGGUCCUGGCCAGGGCUGCUUUGGGAACGGGGCUGGGCUGGUUGGGGCGGAGCACUGGACAGCUCCUGCCUUCAGUUACUGCAUUUCUGAGGUGAAAUAUCCGGAUGCCCUUUGCCCAGUAGGGUGGGUGAGGCUCGGUAAUCACCCCGAGAAGCGAGUUGCUGUCGCCCUGAAAGUUUGACGAGCGGUAGAGGGGAGAAGAGAAGAGAAGAGGGGAGAGGAGAAGCGAGAAGUGGAAUCACAGCUUGACUUUCACCAACGGGGUGCUAUCAGACCAGUUAGGGGGGCGGGGGGAGAGGAAGGCAUUAAGGACGUGGGCACAGUUACAAACUUUUCAAGUGGCUGGGCUCCUCUUGGAGAAUCUUUCCCUGGCCCCGCGGGGCAGCCUCGAGUGGUUCUGCGCUGAAGCUCGGGAUUUUCGGGAGCUGCUGAAGCACUCCAAGGACUUCAUCUGGUUUUGGGAAAGCUUGAUUUACUCCCGCGCCUGUCUGCCAAGCAGCCAGUCAGUCAACAAGCCAGCACUACUUUCCAGAAUUGUAUAUAACUUCUCAAAAUGCAAGCUUCCACAAGUCCUACUGUACCUAUAGAUGAUACAGAAAAAUCACCUAACCCAAUACCCGAAGUCCCUCCUACCUACACUUCUCAUUAUCAACCAGGACCUCCUGUAACAGUUGGCUAUCCCAUCGCAAGCUAUCCAGGCCCUGGCCCUACAGGCUUUCCAGGCCUGAAUCAGCCUGGUGGCUUUUCCAUGUAUGGAAGUGGUGGCCCGCCAGUUGUGUAUCAGCCUGGCAUCAAUGUGAACCCAAUUCAACCUCCCCAGAUAACAUGGAUGCCAGCACCACCUCCAGUCCCAAACUGCCCACCUGGUCUGGAAUUCCUGUCUCAGUUAGACAAAAUACUGGUUCAUCAGCAGAUUGAACUUCUGGAAUUGAUGACAAGAUUUGAAAGUAAUAAUAGAUAUGAAGUUAAAAACAGCAUGGGACAGAUGGUAUACAUGGUACUUGAGGACACUGAUGACAUUACCAGAAAUACCUAUCAUUCACUGCGUCCCUUCGUCAUUCGGGUCAUUGACUGCAUGGGUCGAGAAAUCAUGAGAUUGCAGAGGCCCCUUAGGUAUACCUGUUGCUGUUCUUGUUGCUCUGAUACCAUGCAAGAGCUUGAAGUUCAGUCUCCUCCUGGUGUGCCUCUUGGCUAUGUCAUGCAACAAUAUGUUUUCUGUCAGACAAACUUCAGUAUUGAAAAUGAGAAGAAUGAGCAUGUGCUGAGCAUUGAAGGCCCAUGUGCAGCUGCGUGUUGCUCAGAUACGAUUUUUCAGAUUAAAUCAAUGGAUGGAAUCAAUAUUGGAAGUAUUUGUAGACAGUGGAUUGGUGCUGCGCAAAUGUCGUUAGGAGAUAUAGACAACUAUGAGAUCACUUUUCCAUUAGACCUCAAUGUAACAAUGAAAGCUAUGGUCUUUGCGGCUACCUUCCUCAUUGAUUUCAUGUUUUUUGAAAACUCUCCAAGAGACGACCGUCAACAACGUAACUAGUAAGAACAAUAGAAUAUCAUUGUUGGAAAGGCCCCUACUGGUCAUCUGUGAAAUCCAUUCAUGAGCAGAAUCAUGAGAUAGACCAUUUCCUGGAAAGGGUUAUCUGCCUUCCAUGUGAAGACCUUCAGUGAUGAGGGACUUUGUACCUUUGAGAUUAGACCAUUCCAUUUUGAAACAGCUCUCAUUGUUAAGAAACACUUUUCCCCUUAUAUGGGGAAUAUUGAUUAGAUUCUUUGUAAUUUCCCUCAAUACUCCUACUAUUACUCUCUAACAGAAGGGAAAACAAGUUUAAUCUCUCUUCCAAAUGACCUGAAGAAAUACCUGAAGUUCUUCAAAUAUGUUUUGAAAGCUAUCAUAUCAAUUUCUCCUUCAUAGACUCCCCCAAAAAGCAUCCUGUAUAUUCUUGCCUCUGUUUCCAUUAAGCAGUGCUAUAGUAUCACUGUCAUUGUCCUAUACACGUCCAGUUUGGGGAGCACUCCUCUGCCAUUUUGGUAACAUAUUUGAUGCACUUGUUGUCAAUAGUGCAUCAAGCGAUUAUAUUAACCUGUGGCUUUCCUGUCACUUGUUGGUGUAUAACACUCUCCUUUGUCUGUACUCUUUUUUCUCCUUCCAUAUUCUUUGAAAUAAGAAGUUUAGGGGAAAAAUGGAGGCUUUGCGUUUCUAAAUGAUAACACCGAAACUAGCCUUCCCCUCUGCCUCCCCGCUACCCCGACAUAAUAUGCUUUUCCUUUGGAGUUUCCUGAAAGUUAAUUCUAUGGCCACCAUAACAUGUAAUUCUAACAUCCCUUGUAUAUCAUACUAUUAUGGAUCUAUGAUUGGCAUACUCUCUCCAUUGGUGCAGAUGUUAACCAUUUUCUGUGUUUUUAUCUGUAAAAUAUGGGGAUUAUAUUAGAUCACCUCUUUCAGCUCUAGAACUAUAAUCCUAUGACUCUCCCAAAAAUCCUCUAUAGAGAUUUCAUCUAAUAUGCUGGGAGCCUUCUAUGUCUCAUAACAUUGAAAUUGUAGAGGUGAUAGUACUAUUGCCAUGUAGCAGCCUACUUCCUUUUCUAAUUGUGCAUCUCUCUGAUGGUAUCAUUUACGUCACUUAUCCUAUGAAUUUGUUGGUAACAUAUUGUAGCCUAUUCACAUUCAUCAUAUGCCUUGCCAUUACCCUAUGGUUAAUAGUCAAAUUUAAUCCUUCAAAGACUGUAAUAUCCUGUGACUCAAGGUUGGUCAACAUAUAUAUGGUUUCUUACUUUAGGAGAAAGUUUGGGGUAAUUAAAAGCAUGGUACAAAUGGUGAAAGGCAAGUUAACCCAUUGUCUGCCUCUUAUUUAAAUCUGAACCCAAUUCAUUGUCCAUCCACUGGAACUAUCCAAAUUCUAUGCACAAUGAUCAGUUUUAUGGAUUCUCCACCUAGCCUCGUAUCAUUGAUUACACAGAAGGCCUUUAUUAACUACUUUGUUUUUCUUGCAUGGAUAGUUAGGAAAAACUCUUUAGUUAAGCGGUGUUGUUACACAUGAGAACCUCUUUCUUGACCAAAAGCCUUUGAGGGUCCUCUGUUUUCUACAGCCUUCAGCUAGUUGUAUGAAUAUAAAGAUAUAGUCUUCUAUAGAACAUUUUUGUGAAAUCCUGAGUGUUCCUUUUUUAUACUUUCAGUAAGGAUACUUGUGAUCCUUGUGUAGAUCAUUUUUAUAAAGAAUUUGUCGAGAUUAGAAAGUAAAGCACUUGGGCUGAACUAAGAAGGGCAUAGUUUUUAUGUCUGCUCUUUUAAUCAUUUCUUUUAUUUUCAUUGUAAACAGUUUGUUUAAGUUGGUGAGUUGACUCAGCUGUGUGACAUAAUAUCCUAUAUUUCAUUUUUCAUUCUAACUUAAUAUAGAUUUUAUAUUUUGCUUUAACAAAUUGUUUUUAAUACCCAAUUUGAAAAUGACUCUCACAUUAGUAAGUUAGCUCCUGUCAUUUCAUUUUUUAUGAUAUUUUUUGGUGCUAACCAUGUGUUACAUUUUCUACCUCUGUUCUUGAAGAAAAUAGUCACGAUAUGUAGAAGCACAGUGAAUCAUGUGUUGGAUGUAGGUUCAGGGAGGACUGGGUUAAACAUUGGCAAAGUGGGAAGAGUGCUGGCCUUGGACUUGCUAACACCUGGGUUUAAACUCUGUCUUUGAAACAUCAAUUGUGCUACAUGAGUAAGUCAUUUAAACUUUCUAAAACUUAGGAAACUCUAACUUAUUCACUAAGUUAUGGGUGCAUUUUGAUGUGUAAUCAGUGUUCCAUGAAUGAAAGCAAAUAUUUUUGGUAUAUUGCCAUGCUGUUUUUUACUGCCUUUGGAUUCAAGGUGAAAGUAAUUCCAUCAAUGCCUUCAUUUGCCUCUCCAAGUUAGACCAGUCUUCCAUUAAGCUUCAUCCUCCUUUUGUCUUCCGGUUUCACUUAUAACAAGAAUGUCAAGAUUGAUAUAGAAUGUCCGUUCAUUGAUCAUUGGAAAGGAGCUUGCAUCUAGGGUAAUAUCAACUGAGUUAAUGUUAAUAGCUAUUUUUAAAAUGUUGUGAUUUUGACCAUCAUCUACCCCCUUUUCUACCUUUCUACCAUGAUUAAUGCAGAAUCAGAAAAGAAGGGCACCAUAUACUUGUGCUGUUGUUUUUUUUAAACUAAAUGUAGGUCUUUAUAUUUCUUCCCACUAGAUUUCAUAUUCUCAUGUUCAGGCCAUCAUUCUAGCCUACUAAGAUCCUUUUGGAUCCCAAAUCCCUUAUCUAACAGGUUAGCUUUUUUCAGGUUUUAUGUCAUCUACAAAUUUGUUAAGUAUGGCAUUUAUGACUUCAAAACAUCAAUUAAAAUGAUGAAUAGAGCACUGCUAAGAACAGAGCCCUGUGGCUCUUCACUUUAAAUAUCUCUUCAGGUUCCCAAGAUGAUAAUGAGUAAUUAUAAUCUCUCAAAUUCUGGAGAUUCACAAUCUCUUGGAAGAUUUUCCUCUCCCUAAAACUUAGAAAACUUGGAUUAGGAGAACUACCCAUUUCCAAUCAUCUGCAUAAGGAUUAUUCUCUAGAGAUUAUUUUCAAUGACAGCACUGAAGGAUAGCCAAGCUGAGUUUUAGCUCUAAUAACAAAAGAAUUAAGCUUAGAAGGGAUGGCGGUUUGGCUACAUAAAAUUAGAGUUAUUUAUAAAUGUGUCAUUGUACACAUCCUAGUAUGGCUUUCUGUCUCAGUUGUAUUCCUCUAGGGUAAAAUAGGUUGCAAAGGGUUCAUACCAGAGAGCUGAGACAGAUGUAACCUACUUAAAAAAUGAAAGGAAUACCAUUGUAGAAAUAAACACACAACAUAGAUGGAAUUCUAUCAGUAGAAAUUAGGGGAUAAUCAGCCUAGUAUGGCUUGUGGAGAUGGGUAAAUUACAAAGCUUGGUAGUGUGCAGAUGUUAGAAACGCUAGAAAAAAAAUGACCCAAAGUCAACUUGGAGGUAUGAACUUAAUGACCUCACAAGCUUCACAUAAUUUUGUGUCAAAUGGAGGAUCUUUCUAUUAAUAAGUAUACAAAUGAGAAAACAAAUUGAUAAAAUCCCAGCAAGAUGAGGUGGAAUGACCCAAACAGGCCCACACUUCCAGGUGUGAACAUCAUUGCAGACUGGGACAAUGGCAUUCCAUUUUUUAUAAAAGGGUUAUUAAUUAUUGAACACGAACAAAUAUGAAAGUGAAAUAUAAACUAAAAUCAGAGCUAUGGAAGGCAACCUUAAAAAGAGAGGAGGAAAGGGGGCAGCUAGGUGGCUCAGUGGAUAGAGCACCGGCCCUGGAGGUAGGAGUACCUGAG